AAAAAAGAGGGAAAUUCGUUUGUUUUUCAAUUAAAAUCUGUUUGAUGGAAACAGUCUUAAACAUAAAUUCUUUCUUUUCGGAUUACAAGUUUGUUAUCUGCAAAAACAUGAUUGUCAAAGAGCCCAUCCUUUUGUUCAUAGCAAUCUGUCUGCUUUCAUCAAUCAUCACAGCUCGAUCAUCCAAGUACUGUGAUCGAUCAUGUGGUAACAAGUUUGUCCCUUUCCCAUUUGGAUUCUCUGCCGACUGUCAAAUCCCUCUAAAUUGCAGCUCAAGUAACCAGCAGUUGAUUGGCGGUUUUCCGAUCUUUACAAUAAACGCUGAUCGUAUGAAGAUAAGUAUUGAAGCCACUUGCGACCGUCCACUUGAAGCACUCCAUCGUCUCUAUGGCCCCGGCUAUGCCCCAUCAUCCCGGAACGCAAUUCUGUUGCAAAACUGCAGCUUGCCGAAGCCAUGCAUGAUUCCGACAACGACCGUUUACACUCAUUUUGAGGCCAUCGGUUGCUCUUCUAAUGACAGCAGUAUAAGUUGCUAUUCAGAGAACAAAACUACUGGUUUCCUUGAUUACGAUAAGGUGACUCGAACAAAUUGCAAGUCCUUUCUUUCGUCCAUAUCAGCUGAAUCUUUCGAUGAAUCUGGUGUCCUGGAGGUCCAGAUGGUUGAGCUAGGGUGGUGGCUUCAAGGACGGUGCCCGGACUAUUGUUCUGAAAAUGCCUUCUGUGAUGAAAUUGUUCCUCCAUUCAAUGGACAGCCGGGAUUCCGUUGCAGGUGCAAAAACGGGUUCAUCGGCGAUGGAUAUCGUGCAGGCCAUGGUUGCCGGAAAGGUCAGUUCUUUCUUUCAUCCCGAAUUACUUUGAAACUUUUAGAAAAAGAUAGUCAGAUGGAGAAAGCAACAGCCCUGGAAUCCAAUGGUAUUAGGUGGCUCCAGGCUUUUGAUUGUGCCAAGCCGGUGUUGGAGUUAACUACUAAUCAAGAUGCUUCUGUUGCUACUGACAGAAUCGGCAAGGGUCGUUUAGAUGAGCUCAUAGACCCAUUCCUAGAGCCAAAUAGUGAUUCUUGGACGUUAUCUUCAAUCCACAAGGUUGCAGAGCUGGCUUUUAGAUGCUUAUCAUUCCAGAGGGACAUGAGACCAACAAUGAUGGAAGUAGCACUGGAAUUGGAACAAAUCAGACUAAGUAGAUGUGCUCCUGCAGAAGAAAUCACUUGUGCAACUUCAUCAGAAGUGUCUCCUUGCUCCUCCUCAUCCAAUAUAAGUGAGCAACCACUUAGCAUGGCGGUAAAUAACAAGGAUAGACCGGAAAAUAAAGAGCUAUUCAUGCUUGAGAUGACCAACGUUGGUUGUAUGAACUUGAUCGAAAAAUUGAAGGAUAAUUCUCCAGUAUCAACCAAGGACUCAUGGUUGAGUGAACAAAGCUCACCUUCAUCGAGCAGUUUGCUGAACAGUGUAAACCAUUAACCAUAAGUCACUCUUUCUUUGGAUUUCAACUUCAGCUUAAGCCAGUUAAUACUUAUUUCCAUCAAU